AUGAACGACCGACGCCUUGCAAACGAUCUGAAUCAGUUCUACUGCAGAUUUGAAGACAAAGAGUUCAGUCCUGACACCAUCCCCCAUAACACCUCGCAACAGCUUCAGUCUCACACCUCCACAUCCCCCUCCCCUUCAGUAUCUCACUCCCCCACACCGCUGACCUCCCCCGACACAUCAGACUCUCUCUCAAUCGAUGAAAGGGAUGUAAACAGACUAUUCAGAAAACUCAAUACCAGAAAAGCGGCUGGCCCUGACAAUGUCUCCCCCUCCACCCUGAAGCUCUGUGGUGAUCAGCUGUCUCCUGUGUUUACUGACAUCUUUAACACCUCACUGGAGACAUGCCACGUCCCAGCAUGCUUCAAAACCUCCACGAUCAUCCCGGUUCCCAAGAAAACAAGGAUCACAGGACUAAAUGACUACAGACCCGUCGCCCUGACCUCUGUGGUUAUGAAGUCCUUUGAGCGCCUUGUCCUGUCCCACCUGAAAUCCAUCACAGACCCACUCCUGGACCCCCUGCAGUUUGCCUACAGAGCCAACAGGUCUGUGGACGACUGUCAACAUGGCCCUUCACUUCCUCCUCCAGCACCUGGACACACCAGGGUCUGGUUUAAGAACCGGCGGGCCAAGUGUCGUCAGCAGCUGCAGAGCAGCAACAACUCCAAGGCGAAACCACUGAAGAAGAAGUCGUCUCCGACCAGAGAGAGCACGGGAUCUGAGAGCAGCGGCCAAUUCACUCCUCCAGCCAUCUCAACCUCCGCCCCUUCCUCUUCCUCCUCGUCUUCCUCCACCUCUACCUCCGCCCCGGUGUCGUCCAUCUGGAGCCCCGCCCCCAUCUCUCCCUCCCCAGCUCCUCCUUCUCUCCCCGACCCCACCUCCACGCCCACCAGCGCCUCCUGCAUGCAGCGCUCAGCUUCGUCCACCGGGGGCAGCAGCAACACGCCCUCGUACCCGGUGUCCUACAGCCAGACGGCAGCAGCGUACAGCCAGGGCUACCCCACCUCGGCGUCAGGCUCUUAUUUUGGCGGGGUUGAGUGUGGUUCCUACUUGGCGCCCAUGCACUCCCACCACCACCCGCACCAUCAACUCAGCCCCAUGGCAGGCGGCUCCAUGUCAGGACACCCGUCUCACCACCAUCACAUCGGGCAGACGUCAGGGCACCACCACCAUCACCACCACCCGUCUCACCCUCACCACCAGGCCUACAGCGCGCCUAGCAUCGCUUUCAACUCCACAGAUUGUCUGGAUUACAAAGAGCAAACAGCGGCGGCGUCUGCGUGGAAACUCAACUUCAACACCUCUGAUUGUUUGGACUACAAAGACCAGGCGUCAUGGCGCUUCCAGGUGCUGUGACCUCCUCCUCUUCUUCUUCUACUUCUUCUUCUUCUUCUCUGCUUACAAAGAAGUAUUGUUUUUGUUGUUGGUUGGUUUAUUUUUUUUUGAAGAUCUAAUAGUAAAAGAGACAUUUUAAGAAAGUUUAUUUGUGAACGAACUGAAACGGAGCACAGGUAUCUGAAGCCUCGGGUUUUUCAUCAGCGGAUCGACUCGUCCCGGAUUAUUUUUCUACUCCAGAACUCGAGAAAAAACGACUCUUGAAGGCCUUUCGUAGUAAAAUGUCAGUGGAACCUGCGAGAUUGUGCAGUCUCGGAUCGUCUCGAUGAUCAAUCAAUAACUUUGGGAUUAUUCGUCGAAGAAAUAACGUGACAAAAUCGUAAAUUAGACUCUUGAGUGGGCUUUUCCUAAAGAACGUUUUUUUCCAAACUCGAUGCUGCUAUGAUUUUCAGGUUGCUGAUGUUCAUUUCUAUCUGAUUUCCAACUCUCAUCUUUGUUCAGAAACUCGUCGUCCAGCCUGUGUUGUAUUUUGGAGAUUGAAUUGCAGCACUUGUUUAUAAGGUGAAAGAUUUUUGCUAUCUGUUCUUCACGGAGGAAAGAAAAUAAAAAAUGUGAAAUUAGACGCAAUGUCAGUAUUCCAUUGAAAUUUGAAAAUA